UAUUCAUUCAAUGUUAUGAUUUGGAGAAAUGCCAUAUUGGUCUUCAUAUCCUUCACUUGAAAUAAUACUAUAAUAAUAAUAUUGAUUAGGCUAAUUAUUAAUUAAUUUGAUGAGCAUCAGUUAAAUAUAUUUUGCAUUCUCUGACAACCUGUUUUAAGAAAACAUGGAAUUCUAAUCUAGGUUUUUCAUUACUACUUACUGUAUCAUUAUAAUUGUGAGUUUAUAAUCAUUUAAUAUUGUUCUAUCAUAAUUGUGAAAUGGCAGAAUAGUUGUAUAAAACCUCGAAAACGACACCAAAAGUGUAUUUCCUAGGUCAUUUUUAGGCUUCAGACACACAAAAAUCUUUAUUUUCGAGAAAAAAAAUUAGAAUUUUUGUGAAUUUUUGUGAAAUGAAAACACUCUGAAAUAAAUCAACAGCAGAACUAAUAAAGGCCUUAACACUCUGGGCGAUCUGGCAAUCUUUUAAGCUACUCGCAUACACAAAGCAACAGUCAACAACGUCAACUAGAGGCAGAGGCCUAGGCCUAGUAUGUCUUCGUCUAUUUGAUUGAGUUGUAGUUUGCAGUCAAUGAGGCCUAACGAACCCAGACACCAUGGUGCGAGUAGCAGUGAUAGGCGCAGGUAUGGUGGGCCUUUGCUCAGCCAUCAACGUCCAGAAGGAGCUACCGGAGGCUGAAGUGACGGUCAUCGCAGACAAGUUCUCCACAGACACCACCAGCUUUGGGGCCGGGGGAUUUUUCCGUCCAUUUAUGCCAGACAUCGCAAAGGGUGUGGAUCUUAAAGUCGCUGAGCAGUGGGUGAGAGACUCAUGGAAGUAUUAUGCCAGCCUUGCUCGGUCCGAUCUGGCAAAGGAGACGGGGCAGACACUGGUGCCAGGAAUGAUCGCCUACAGGACGCCACAGGACCAGCAAUAUGAUCUCCUGAAGGAGCUGGUGGGAGAUUUCCAUCGUGUAGAUCUGGAACAUUUGCAGAAGUUGAAUCUGGACACUUACACAUAUGCGUAUGCCUUCACCACUAUCAUUGUUCAGACACCCAAGUUCCUUGACUGGCUAAUGAAAAAAUUUGUGGCUUCGGGAGGAAAAGUCCAGGAAAGAACAGUGAAGUCUCUUAAAGAGCUGAGCAGCUCUUUUGACAUUGUGGUCAACUGCUGUGGCCCAAGAGCUCAAGAGCUUCUUGAUGACAAGUCGUGUUUCCCUAUCAAGGGUCAUAUUGUCAUGGUGCGGGCUCCAUGGCAGAAGCAGUUCUUCUAUGGUGAAGGUGAUAUCUAUUUGAUUCCUCAUGAUGACAAGUUGAUUAUUGGAGGUAUAAAAGACAAAGACAAUGGCAGCAUGACCAAGUACCCGUAUGUGAGAGAGCAUAUCCUGUCUCGUGCCUUGGCGCUGUUUCCUCAGCUGAAGGGUGCUCCGAUAAUCAGUGAGUGGGUAGGUCUGAGGCCUGGUCGAGAUGGUGUGAGACUGGAGUUGGAACUGGUAGAUGGAGAGCAGGGGAGGAAACUACCCGUGGUGCACAACUACGGCCACGGAGGUCACGGGAUUACUCUGGGUUGGGGCUGUGCCCUACACGCUACACGCCUCGUCAAGGAGGCUUUGACGGGUGUCACCACAGCACGCCUCUGACGUGUAAGCAGGUCAAAGAUCACUGGCUGCAUGCCCUUGAUCCAGAGUAAUGGAGGACUUAAAUCCACCUUGGCAAUUUUGAAACUGGAAGCGUGUAUAAGUGAAGUGGAAUUUGUGAGUGAAUAACUGUGUGAACGGGAAGUUGAAAGUCAUGUAAGAUUUUUACAGACCUACUGUUUGUGUUCAACUGUUACAUUUACCAUAUUGGUAGACAGCGGAAACCAAUUUUUUUACCUUGUUUGUUAUGACGUUAUGGUUUUUGACAUAGCAUGUUUAUACUGAGUGAAUGUAUGUCUGUGCCUGUAACACGCUCGCACACACGCGUACACGCACGCAUGCGUACACGCACGCAUGCGUACACGCACGCAUG